CGACAUACAGCUCUUGACGCCUUAAAAUCAAGGCUGGAUGUCUUCUGGAAGAUAUGAUUUACUCAGGUUCUACCAGGCUUUGAAUGAUUUUGGCAUCAUGACUGCUGAGGACUCCACCGCAAGGAUGAGCAACGAUUCCUCCAACGUGGCCACCACGAAGGUGCCCGAGGGCGUGGCGGGCGCGCCCAACGAGGCGGCGCUGCUGGCGCUCAUGGAGCGCACGGGCUACAGCAUGAUCCAGGAGAACGGGCAGCGCAAGUACGGCGGGCCCCCGCCCGGCUGGGAGGGCCUGCACCCUCCCCGCGGCUGCGAGGUCUUCGUGGGCAAAAUACCCCGCGAUGUCUACGAGGACGAGCUCGUGCCGGUGUUCGAGUCUGUGGGGCGCAUCUAUGAAAUGCGCCUCAUGAUGGACUUUGACGGGAAGAACCGAGGCUACGCCUUCGUGAUGUACACRCAGAAGCACGAGGCCAAGCGCGCCGUCAGGGAGCUGAACAACUACGAAAUCCGCCCCGGGCGGCUGCUGGGCGUUUGCUGCAGCGUGGACAACUGCCGCCUCUUCAUCGGAGGCAUCCCCAAGAUGAAGAAGAGAGAGGAGAUCCUGGAAGAGAUCGCCAAGGUGACGGAGGGCGUGCUGGAUGUCAUCGUGUACGCGAGCGCCGCAGACAAGAUGAAGAACAGGGGCUUCGCCUUCGUGGAGUACGAGAGCCACCGAGCAGCUGCCAUGGCCAGGAGGAAACUCAUGCCCGGGAGGAUCCAGCUGUGGGGACACCAAAUUGCCGUUGACUGGGCAGAACCCGAGAUAGAUGUGGAUGAAGACGUCAUGGAGACUGUUAAAAUCCUCUACGUGAGGAACUUAAUGAUUGAAACCACGGAGGACACCAUUAAAAAGGUCUUUGGGCAGUUUAACCCUGGCUGUGUGGAGCGGGUGAAAAAAAUACGUGACUAUGCUUUUGUGCACUUUACAACCAGGGAAGACGCCAUUCACGCCAUGAACAACCUGAACGGGGCUGAGCUGGAAGGCUCCUGCCUGGAGGUAACCUUGGCCAAGCCCGUGGACAAGGAGCAAUACACUCGCUACCAGAAGGCGGCCAAGGGCGGCGCGGCGGCCACCCCCGAAGUAGCGCAGCAACCCAACUACGUUUACUCCUGCGACCCCUACACGCUGGCCUACUAUGGCUACCCCUACAACGCCCUGAUCGGUCCCAACAGAGAUUACUUUGUGAAAGCAGGCAGUGUAAGAGGCAGAGGGCGAGGAGCAGCCGGCAACCGAGCCCCCGGCCCCAGAGGCUCCUACCUGGGGGGAUACUCUGCCGGCCGCGGCAUCUACAGCAGGUACCACGAAGGCAAAGGAAAGCAGCAGGAGAAAGGGUACGAGCUGGUGCCCAACCUGGAGCUACCCGCYGUCAGCCCCGUGGCCAUUAAGCCCGGUGCAGUGGCCAUCCCUGCCAUCGGGGCCCAGUACUCCAUGUUUCAGGCCGCCCCGCCAGCCAAGAUGAUGGAAGAUGGCAAAAUCCACACGGUGGAGCACAUCAUCAACCCUAUCGCCGUCCAGCAGGACCCAGCCAGCGCGGCAGCCGCCGCGGCCGCCGCCGCCGCAGCUGUGAUCCCAGCCGUCUCAACGCCUCCUCCCUUCCAGGGCCGCCCCAUCACGCCCGUGUACACCGUGGCGCCCAACGUUCCGCGGAUCCCCGCUGCUGGCAUUUACGGGACAAGCUACGUGCCCUUCGCAGCGCCCGCCGCCGCCACGGCCACGAUAGCCACACUACAGAAGAACGCGGCGGCGGCGGCGGCGGCGGCCGCCUACGGCGGCUACGCCGGCUACAUACCUCAGGCGUUCCCGGCCGCCACCAUCCAGGUGCCCAUACACGACGUCUACCAGACAUACUGAGACUGGAGGAGAAGCCGACACUGAAGGAACACUUUACUAUUUAUGAAGAAAGAACCGGCUGCGAGGCAGUAGUGACAUUCGGACUCGGCGAACUSAUGCAGAACCUGCAAGUGAAGCACGUCAAAGGCUGCGUUUGAGAGAUUUUAUACGCAUGAAGUUUUCACUAAUUUUUUUAGGCUAUUUUUAAAACUUAACAUGCCUGUAUUCAUACAUUUCUAAGUGACCUCUGCAUUCAGCCCACUGCUUAUGUGCGUUUGUAUGCACUAGAGUGGGAUUGCAUGUGGUCUUUUU